AUGACUAGUGUGACGAUCAAAUCUUUGGUACUAAUACUUGCUAUCAGUACAGUUUUGGGUAGUCUCAAUGAAGCAAGUGAAUAUAAGACUGAAGGGAAGAAGCACAACACUAAACGGCAUCUUUCACUGGGACUUGGCUACGGUGACGGAAGCAUAGGAUUCGGUAGUGGAUAUGGUGCCCAUUCAAUAGGACUUGUUGGAAAGAGCGCAGGAUUUAGUUACGGUGGAGGGGGUUAUGGCUUCGAUAGUGGCUUCCACGGAUUGGGUUACGGCGGAGGGUUCGGAUACGGCAAUGGAUGUGGCUAUGGCAUAGGCUAUACCGGGGGCUAUGGCGGUGGUUACGGCGGUGGCUGCGGUUAUAGCGGCGGUUACGGUUAUGGCAGUGGAUUUUCUUCGAUUGGUCACUUCCAUGGUGGAUAUAGACUUUCAAAACCAAUUGUAACAGCUACGAUUAAAGAACAUAUACCGGUUCCCUUUCCUAAGCCAUAUCCUGUUUUCAUUAAAAAGCCCAUACCAUUUCCGGUGACUAUUCCAAAACCAGUUCCAUAUCCAAUAUUUGUUAAAAAGCAUAUUCCCAUACCCAUCGACCGUCCAGUGCCAUAUCCUGUUCCGGUUCAUAUCACGAAGCACGUGAAGGUUCCAGUGCCACACCCUUAUCCGGUACCGGUGAAGGUACCCACGCCAGUGGUGGUUCCCAAACCAGUGGUCGUAACUAAGCCAGUAGUGAUCACUAAACCAGUCGUUCACUACGCCCCGAUCGUUCCAACACCCAUCGCAGCUGCCCAUCCGCCGAUCCUUGCAACCGCGGCUCAUAUUGCGGUGUCCGAUCACGGAGUACAUCAAACCCAUGGGCAGCAUCUGCACUCCCACGGAUUCACGUCAGCAGGUCAUUUUGGUUCCGCUGCGAAUUACGGUGCGACAGUUCACUAUUCCGGUGCAGCAGUGGACGGUGUUCUGUGUGAUCCAGCCGUGGGGCAUUAG